UCACUGCUCCACCGCGGUCUUGCCAAACUGCACGUGUUUCUCCUGUUCAUCGCAAUAAAACGGGCAGACACAUGCACGUCCACACGCAUUGUCCUCCAAAUUCGCCCCUCUCAGCUCCAUAGCCCUUCUCUUUGCGAUUGCCUUUUUGAGAGCGCCAUCGUAUCCCUCCUCGUCGUCCUCCACGCAAAAUGCCUGUGUUCCCCUGCGGCCGUUCUCCUGCCAUUGCGCCACCCACGCCUCACGCACAUACCCCUCUGGAUUCGCUGGCCGGUAGUAUACACCCCUCACCUGACAGACACCACACGCACACACAUACGCCGACGCACACACAGCCAUCUCUCUGCUCGUGUCUACAUACGCCGGAUUGAUGCUCUUCGUUUGUGUGGCGCCGGUCCCCUCCGUCCGUCUGCAGUCCACAUUCUCGCAUCCAUUCAUGCCUCUGCUCCUCUGCGAGGGCCUGACGGCGCCACACCAGGGGAGAUCUUAUCACGCUCACCACCCGUGUCACCCCACCACCUACCUUGGCCUUGUCGAAUCCAUGCUGUUGCUGCGUGAAGUAGCGCUGCUGACUGUCGUCGUGUGGAUGCCUGGCACACCACCGACGCUGGUACUGAUGCCAGGCCACACCGGGCACCGCGGACUGGUACUCCGACACGCGAAUGUUGGUCUUGUUGAGGUCUAUGAUGCCCGUCGUGGGGAACGAGGGCUUCGAUGCAUACUGCUCAGUGAGGUGGUCCAGCUUGUCCAGGGGAGGCAACACUGCACAAACCACAUCAUCCUGGGCGAUGCCGUCCCCCCUUUGCUGACGUGUUUGUGCCAUCUCACCUCCUUCCUUGCGGAGUCGCGCGUUGCUCUCGCGGCCGAGGCGACGCUUGAGUGCCUUGUCAAUGGGACGCCUGACCUUGCCUUAGGGACACACCACAUCAUACCAAGAAAAUGCAUUCCCUUUUUGUGUGAGUGGGCCGCUGCAUCGACAGAUCUCGCUGCAGUACCUGUGUUGCGGGCGAUCUCGAACCUGCGGUCGCGGCCGAGGCGACGCUUGAUGGCCUGAACCAUCCAUCCAUCCAUCCGCAACACAGCACCAUUGAUUUGAUGGCAUCUGCUGCCGUUUUCACCCACCUUCAGUCGUGUGAAUAGGUCCUCGUCGUCUGAGUCGUGGGGUCGGAAGAUACGAUCGAGCAUCGCCGCAACAUCUGCCUCCGGAUCGCCCUUAUCGCCCCGCCCACCUGCACCCUUCCCGGCAUCUGGUGGUUCGGGCGAGGAGUCAGACAGUGCGAUGUCAAAGUCACGGCCGAUACGCGCCAUUGUGUCUGCCUCUACGUCAAGAACUCACACAAAGAAC